CGGUAAUCUUCUGCAUAUUCCCGUAAUUAUCAUUCCCUCUUUUGAGGCCUCAACAAAAGUAAUCGAUAAGAUCAGUUACGGCACGUUUCGGUAGCCGUUAAAUAGUUCCCACCAACGCGAUCAUCCCUUCCCCUUGGUGACAGCAUGCGUUUUCCCUGGCUAGUUCUGGCUUCAUGGCUCUCCGGCGCGGUUGCAGGGCGUGGAGCAGCUCAGAGGGAUGCACCCUACGAUGUCGUGGGUGUCUCCUGCGGGCAAGACGAAGUCGUCAGCUGCAUGCUCGUCCAGUGCACUGCAGGCAGCUUCUGUCCGGCUGAGCAGUUCUGCUACGACCCGAAAUGCGUUUGCCGUCGGGGGUAUCGGCGAGUGCGAGGAGCAUGUCUGCCCAAGCACACGACCCGUCACCUGGACAGCGAUACCCUCAGCUCGGCCUUGCUGCAAACACAUUUCUGAGGGAAUUUCCACUUUUAACUUUUGAUUUUACAUUAUAUUUGCAUUAAGGCUAAGGAAAAUUAACAGAAAUUAACAGAAAA